CACUGUCCACACCUCUCUACUAAGAUUUACGAUAAAAUAGAGAAACCAUGUCUUCUCUCCGAAUACACCGAGAACUACCCUACCUAUCACUCUUUCCUGCCCAGAGAGUCCUUCAAACCGAAGCUGGAGUAUAAGAGGGGAUCCAUACCAAUGGAAGGCCUGACCACAUCAAGGAGAGAUUUUGGGCUUCACAAAGUAGUACCAGUGAAAUUACACCAGCAUGACAAAUUCAUUCCAAGGGAAGAAAAUAUGGAAUUGCUCACGACAUAUAGACAAGAUUACAAUCCGUACCCUGUAUGUCGAGUGGACCCCAUCAAACCUCGGGACAGUAAAUAUCCAUGUGGUGACAAGAUGGAGAGUUUGCCUACUUACAAAGCUGAUUAUUUACCUUGGAACCAACCAAGACGAGAGCCGCUUCGUCCACCACAUAACUACCGGCCCGCGUCUAACAAGUUUGAUAAUAGAACCACACACCAGGAUGACUACUCCAUGAAGGGCCUUGUGAAUACCAUGAGCUGCAAACCUCCCAUGCCAAAGCUCUGCAACAUCCCCUUGGAAGACCUGACUAACUACAAGAUGAGCUAUGUGACCCACCCUCUGGAGAAGCGCUUUGUGCAUGAGGCUGACAAGUUUAGACCCUGUGAAAUCCCCUUUGAGAGCCUCACCACUCACAAAGAGUCAUACCGGGGGCUAAUUGGGGAGCCUGCCAAGAGCCUGAAACCACUAUCCAGGCCCCCAGGGCUAGAUAUACCUUUCUUUAACACCACUGAGUUUCGAGAUAAGUACCAAGCUUGGCCAACACCCCAGGUGUUCUCCAGGGCUCCCAUCACUUAUGCCCCUCCUGAAGAGAAGAUGGAUUUUCUGACAACUGUGCAAGCACAUUACACAUACCCUAAGGGUUCCCCUGCUCAGUCCUGCUGGCCAGUACUCCCCAUUAAGAAGAGCUGCCUCUUCGAAGGCUCCACCACCACCAAGGAUGACUAUAAGCAGUGGGACAGCAUGCGCACAGAGCCGGUGAAGCCUGUUCCCCAGCUGAAUUUUCCUGCUGAGCCUUUGGACUGUCUGACUACCACUCAGGCCCACUAUGUGCCCCACCCACCUAGCAAUACCAAAAGCUGUAAGCCCCCUUGGUCUGGCCCUCGAGGAAAUAUCCCUGUAGAGGCCCAGACUACCUACUCCAUCAGCUUCACUCCCAAGGAAAUGCGCAGGUGCCCAGCCUCAUACCCUGAACCCCCUGGCUACAUCUUUGAGGAAGUGGAUCCUUUGGGGCACAGAAUAUAUAGGGCUGUUUCCCAGGUAGGAUCUCAGAGGAACAGCCAUCUUCCCAUAGAUGAUGCAGAAAACCCUAAGCAGAGGGAGCUGGCAGUGUCAGCCUAA